AUGACAAUCACGAGACUCGCAACCCUCAUCCUCGCCAGCUUGAUGGUGUCACACAUCACAGCCAGCCCCGUCGACACCAGCGCCUCCAGCAGCAGUAGCAGCGAUGCCCUCCGAGCCGACAGUGUAGCCGUCCACACCGCCGAUGGCGUUCGCGUUAUGACCCGUGCCGCAUACAUGAGCAAGCUGAAGGAAGACGGCGUCCAGAUCGGCGCACCAGCAACCCACGAAGGUCUCGUCACGUACAACGCCCAGCAGCUGGCCGAGUUCGAGGCAGCUCAAGCCGUCAACAAGAGCAGCGAUGCUCCUCCUGUUACCGGGGCACUGCUGUCGAGACGGGACAAGUGCCAGAACAAAAAGUGGGUUCUCGUCGACAACACAACCACCUUUGUCGACGCGGACGUGCAGAUGUCCCCCGUGGUUUGCGCGCAGGGCAGCAUCAUGGUCGCCGUGGCCAACGGCUACAUGGUCAGUAACACGAUCGGUAUCAGCUCGGGAUUAAGCCCAACCAUCGUCAAGGACGCGCUCUCCAGCUCCCUUGGCAUCGAGUUCUCGAGGUCCUGGACGACCUCGAGCGUCAUCACCACUACGGGCACUGUCACGGACAAGAACUGCGGCGUCAUGAUCACACAGCCCAUGAUCACGAGGCGUACGGGUCGUGUGAUGCAGGGCUGCAUCGACAACACGGAGCAGAUUGGGACCUUCCACGCCGACAGCCACAAAGAAAUCACCAUAUCCAGCAUGAAGUGGGUCGAAGGCGCAAUCUCAAUGUGCAUGAAGGCCGGCGUCAAACCACCCCUGAGCCGCUGCAAUGGAGAUGGCAAUUUUGUCUAG